CGGCCGUCAGCCACUCUCGUAAUUUAUUUUGAGAUUUUAUUUCAAUGAAAAGCCAGUCAAGUGAAAAUAAAAGUAAUGGUGUGAAAUUAUUUACAUGACUGAAGUUUUCCUAAGGUACCUACUGCUCAGUGUUUCGUCAAUUUUGAGAAACGGUCUACCCAUUAUUUAGUAGAGGAACUGCCCUCUCAAGUAACAAUUAUUUUCGGGCGAUACUGUUGAAGCAUGUGCCAUAGUAAACACAAUAAUGCCGCGGGAUAUUUUAAGUGAUAGUUUAGCUGUACUAAGGAUUGUUGAGCAUGAAGAUGAGGAGAACUGGCCACUUGAAGACAAACCAGCAAGUAAGCAAAGCAAACAGAAACUUGGAAAUAUACCUCUAAAUAGCCAACAGUCGUACAUCAAAGAUGAUAGUGCAUGUUACUAUAAUUAUGGUCUUGGAGAUGGUGGAAGCAAUCGGCAAAAUGAUCCAGUAUACCAAUACAAAACAAGCAGCUUACCUCCAGCUUCUUCCAUCAGUCAGGCAUGGGAUGAAAUACCCUGCUCCGCACUGAGAAUUACACCUGAGGACAUAGCGAAUCAACUAACUUUACUAGAUUUACCAUGCUUCAAAGCUAUUAAAGCAGAGGAACUAAUUACAUGUGGAUGGAAUAAGUUGAACAAGUUAACUGUGGCACCUAACAUUGUGGCAUUUACAAAAAGAUUUAAUAGGGUCAGCUUCUGGACAGUUCAAGAAAUAUUGAAUGGACAGUCUCCGAAGGUCAGAGCUGAGACAAUGGUACAUUUUAUAAAGGUAGCAAAGAAACUGUAUGAUGUGAACAAUUUACACUCUCUCUUUGCUGUUAUUUCUGCAUUACGGAGUGCUAGUAUUUAUAGGCUGACAAAAACUUGGGCAUGCUUAUCAAAAAAGGAUAAACAACAAUUUGAUAAGUUGGCUGAGUUGUUUGGGGAGAAGGAUAACUGGACUGCCCUACGGGAAUAUAUGAACUCAAUAUCCUUGCCAUGUAUACCUUAUCUUGGUAUUUUCCUAACUGACUUGGUGUACAUUGAUAUGGCUCACCCGGCCGGCUCCCCGCAUCGGACCGCGAAGAUGGCAGUAGUGCUGAAGGCGCUAGAGAGGUACCAGAGCUCAGAGUAUGACAUCGUGCCUCUUCCUCACGUUGCCAAUUUCCUAAACAGUGUGCGGUAUAUAGAAGAACUACAAAAAUUUUUGGAAGACGAUCAGUACAAAUUAUCAGUAAAACUAGAACCGCCAUCGCCGAUUAGCAGCUGUGCAGGUUCGAAGGAGUCGGUAAAGGAAACAUUGCCGCACGGGCCCUCUACUCCGUUUACACUCUCGCCAUCACACAGGCUAGGAUCAGGGUCCCUGCGGCUACAAGGAACUUACCACCAAUCCAAAUUCAUACCCACCCACCGAAAAUGUCGAUCUUUAGGAUCAAAGUUUCGUAGUGCGAGCUUGCCAAGAAAUUUUCACAAGGUCAAUUUUGGUGUGGGUAUCUUCGGGAAGAGCCACACGGACGACAAGAUGGAAGAGAAGACGCCGGCCGGCUCUGUUAACCUGUUGGACGACACGCUGCUCGAGUCGCCCAGUUCGCUCGCCGGCGACAAGAUGUCGCGCUCCUUGCAUCACAGCGAUCCUUCGAAGCCAGGUGGUAUGGAGUGCGAUUUUCAAGGCUGUGUGCGCAGGAAGACUAUCUUGAAGGAUGGUAGAAAGAUAUCGCUGUCGUCCUGGCAGAGGUACUGGCUGCAAAUAUCUGGAAAUGUACUCAUCUUUUACUCUUCUAAGUCUUUUAAGGGGACUAAUCGCUCAGAUUUCCGCGCGGAGAGGUGCAAGAUGCUUUCUUUGGACGGAUGGCUAGGGGUGAACGUCGACGGCGACUCGGCUGACGCCUUCCAGCUGGUCAACCACCACACUGGCACGCUCUAUAAGUUCAAGACUGGAUCUGAGUCGUCUGCCAGGCAGUGGGUCGCUAAGAUAGAGGCGGUGACCAACAAGGCGGUGAAGCCGCUACCUGCGAACCUCAUGUCAUUCGAAUGAUUACGAUAUGAGUGCGCGCUCACGUACGUACACUUGCUAACACACACAAGUGAUCUGAAUCGUGUACAAACUCUGUGAUUCCUGCCAAUACAUGGAAUCUGGAAGAAAACCAUACCAGCAUUGUCGACAUAUUCCUAUUUGCCUAUUUUAACACGCUUUGAUACUAUUUGUAUGCGCGGUUUUCUUCCGAACUUCAACAGUUGGCAAAAUAUUUUCUCGAACAAUUUGUCUCAUUUUAUAUUAUUGUAUACACCAUUUAUACUUAUUUACUUUGUAAAAAUGUUUUAGUUGUCAAAUUGUUUACGCUGUUAGAAUUAGAUAUCAUAUUUAUAUGGUAUUAUAAUCGUUAAAAUUACGGAACAAUAGAGUUUACGUUCACAGACACGUUUUAUUAUUACUGGUUAGAAGUUACUUUUUACGUUUACAAUUGCUUUUUUAUUUGAAGGGAUUUUAUUUAUAGCUACUCAUUUUUUAGAUUAUAUGCAGACAUGAACACAAUAUAAUCAUACUCGAAUAUGUUCAUAUAAUGGGAAAUAGUUUUAGUUUAUCUUAUAGGAAAAGACGUUAUUUUAUAAGCACAUUAUAAAUAUAUGAAUGGAAUUUUACACGGUACAAAGUUUGUACUACAAACAUUGGUUUGACAAGGUAUAGACAUAGACGAGCUAUGCAUGUAGCUAACGAACGCUCUGGUAGCGUUGCCUGUUUCUGGCCCAUUUUAGGAUUUUAUUGACGUACGUACUCUUAUAUAUGACAUGUAUUUUAAUGUAUCACAGCUUUAAUAAAACAUCUAAUUUAAGAGGUGUAUACACUUUCGAACAGGACGGUUUUGAACAUGGACUUUAUAAAUACAUGGGAUCACAUAACUAUGGCUUACUGCGUACAAACGUACAUGUAAACGAUGUGCAAAAAAAUAAAUUAACACAAAAAUGCAAAUAAUAAUUUAUCGUAGAUGUACGGAAGUGUGCACACCUGUUAUAUUAAUGAAGCGGGUCUCUUAGGUAUACCUACUCGUCUAAGGUGGUUUUCGUUUUUUCAGGUGCUUUAGUACAGUUCACCAAAAUAUAGCUUUUUAUAGGUUUUAUCAUGGACGUUGUCAUCGUCGAUGCAACUAUUUAUAGUUUAUUAUUUGACUUCUGGUAUUGAGAUAAAAUUACGUUUUAUUUAGCCUGGUGCUAUAAGUAACAAGUACUACUUGCUAAUCAAACCAUUGCGUGAUAGUAAGUGUAGAAAUUAUAUAGAUUUAAGCUCGUAAGUACAUUCAUUCUAGUGAUAUAAUUUAUUAUCACACGAUUACAGUAUUGUAUUUUUCUGAAAGUGCAGGUCCGCAUUAUUAGUUGAUUUCUGUUAGUAUCUAUACAGGUUCCAGGAUUGUAUGUAUCAUACACACAAGAUCUAAAUAAAUCUCCCGUUAGUUGUUACUUCCUAACCUUCCUAAGACUUUUCAACCGAAUACUCAUUUCUCAAACAUGACAUUUAGUAGUUUUAAGUUAUAGUAAGUGUGUAAAGUUUAUUAUUUCGACCACAAAAAGCAACCAUAACAUAUUUAUACAUCAAUGAUAAAAAGUGACAUGGUGCAGGAUCACGUAUUUCAAACGAAAGUUUUGGUACAAUUUAUUCGUAAUGUUAUUAGACUAAAAAAUAUCUGAACAUUUCAGUGAUAUGAUAAUAGUAAAGUAAUCUCAUAUGUUCCGUUAUAUUUUCUUUUAUCAUUAGUACCUAAGUGCAUAUUCAUACCGCGAUUAAGAGGCAGCUUUUAUGAGUUGUAAGUUCCUAUAAACUAUUCAAAUCUAUUAGGUAAUUAACUGCAAGAAAGAAGGGGUUUAAAAUUCACGUAAGUACGUAUAAGAUUUGUAAACGUUUGCCGGACCAGUUAUUGCCUAACAAAAAAUGUAAGUAAAUGUUUGAGACGCGAAUGAGAGGUAGCUGUUUAGAGCCGGCAGCUCCAGGUAAUUUCCUCUUACACGUCAGUUGACCGUUUAUCGAUUCUUGGGAUAUAUUUACUGCUGCAUGCAAUUUUCUUUGAAAUACUGAUGCAAGUGAAAUAUUAUUUUAGCUUCUUUAAUUUAAAACUUCGGUACAUUCGUUUUAUUAUAUAAUCGUCUUAAAUAUCCUCUUGGGAUAGGAUAUAUUAUUUAUUGAUUCUAGCGAUAAUAUUAAUAUUAUUAUACUUAUAUCAAUAGAAAUUCAUACUUUUGAGCGGAACAUAUCAUGGUGAAGAUAAUGGUACAUUAUCAGGUGUACACCACUUAUAAUUAUUAUUAUUCAGAACCUAUUAUAGCUUCAAUAACGAUGAAAUGUAAUAUAAAUAUUAUAAAUAAUGAUUAUAUAUCAGUUAUUAUGCUUAAUUUGCUCGAAUAAUGAAAGGCACAAAGCUGUUUAUAAAUUAUAGAAAUUAUUGGACGAUUCCUGAUAUUUACGAUCCCGAUGGUAAAAUCAUAAAUAAUUGCAUGAUAACAAUCGAUUCUAUAAAUGCAUUCGUUGACCUAAUUAUGCUGGAUCAGUAAAUAUACUUUUAACAAAUUGGAAUACGAUUAAAAUGUUUUUUUUUUUGUAUUAAAAUAACCAAAGUUAAUCCUAUCAUUUUUUUGUAUGUAAAACGAAUAAUAAUUAUCUUUAGUGGUUAAGGUGAGGCUAUGAUAUUCGACUGAUAUUUAAAACUUGUUAUAAUUAUUUAAGGCAGACAUUGACUAUUUAAUGUGUACAUUUACAGUGACUGUCUGACUUCUGUGAGUUUUAAGUCAUUUAAAAACGUGAUGAUAGUUACUAUACCGAUUUUAAAAAAAUCGGAUAAAUUGUUUGUUUCGCUGUCGGUACACAAGACAACACUUGGUAUCACUUGGUAUCUACACAUGCGGGCCCGUAGUCAAGAUAAAGGGUUACGACCAACAAGGCUGUCAAGCUUCAAACAUAUCUACUUGUUGAACGUUGAUAGUAUGGUAACGCGUUUUAUAAAUACUUACUCCUUUUCUAUCGAAUGGCGAGUUUUCAAAUAUUUAUAAAUUUAUAUAGAAUGCAUCUUAUUUUCAAACAAUUAUAUGCUAUAGUUUGCAUCUUUGUUAUACUGUUUUUUAACUGUAGGGAUGUUAUGAAUAUUCAUAUCGGAUAAAUCUGGAUACCUAAAGGUGGAUCGUAACAGCGCGCGGCGGACAUGUUGUGAAAUUUUUAUUUAAAGAUGCUGAGAGGUAUACAAUUUUUAGUAUAAAACUUGAUGUAGUACCAAAUGAUAACUAAAAGAACAAACAAAGUCAAAUCAUUUACCUACAUUUUAUUUUUAAAGUUUAUAUAUACUUCUUUAAAAACGGAGUAGCCGUAGCCGAAACUCUGAAACUGCCGGAUAAUCCGAAAUAAUUUCAUAUAUCUGAAUAUCCGAAUCCGUGUAUCUAUAUCCAUAGCUUAAUACUUAUUUUUGCUACGUUUUCCAAUAGAAGAACGAAUUGUUCGAAAAAUAUUGAAGUGCUUCCGAAUUUGGUUGGUUCGCACAUGUCGUUAGUGAUUUGAAUGCUCGAAACCACUUGCUGACUACGGCCCUCUUCACAUGUGUUAUUUUGGGUAUGUAACUGAUCUAUUUCUGCCUAAUUUACCUUUAUACAAAACGGUUGAUGACUGUUCAAUUGAGGAACUGUCCGGUUCGAUAAGAUUGAUUGAUACGUGGUGGCUUAUUCUUUAGAAAGAUGCUUGCAGUUAUACUGUAUUUUGUUUUAAGUUAAGGCCAAAUUGCACUAAAGCAUUAUCAAUACGCCACAUUAGGGUUAGGUAUCACGUACACCAAUAUUAUAUUCUUUGAAAAUCCUUUACAGUAGCUUAGUCAAACGGUUGCUGUAGAAACAUGGUCCGUCUAUAAACUAUAACAUCGAAUAGACGUAGCUAUUCCUUUUUCUUUUAAGCUACAUAGUUCUUAUUGAUUGACGAAAACUAUGAUUUUAUGCUUUGUAUGACUAAUUCAUAAGUGUAUUUAUGGCACUUCGUGUCCUUGUGUUCAAUAAAAACCUUUUUAAAUUGAAA